GACUCUUCGGUGGUUGAUUACUCAGGCCUGCAUCCAUUGCGCAUGCUCGACUAUUGACAACAUGUCUUCUCCAGCGCGCGAGGCGUUUGUUUGGCUGAAGUAACCGACGGCGUCCUGUGGAUUGGUUUGAUCGGUUAAGGUUAGUUUAGUGCGGUCAGUCUGUUGGUGUUAACCGGAGAACCAUGGCGGUCGACGGAGUGAAACUGUCCAAGAAUCUGCUGCGGAUGAAGUUCAUGCAGAGAGGGCUGGAUGCGGAGACGAAGAAGCAGCUGGAGGAAGACGAGAGACGGAUCAUCAGCGACGAGCACUGGUAUCUGGACCUGCCCGAGCUCUGCACCAAAGAGACUCUGCUGGUGGAGGAGGAGAGCUUCGUUCCCUGUGAGGACUUGCAGUUUGGCCGGAUCUCCUUCAGAGGCUUCAACCCAGCGGUGGAGAAACUGAUGGCCUUGUUGAAUCCAAAAGAUGAAGACGAAGAGGAGAUGGAUGUGAGCUGCAUGCAGACUGAUGUCACAGAUGAAGAGAUGGCCCUGAGGUACGAGAGUUUGGUUGGAAGCAUGAAGAAGAAAUUUGCAAAGAAGCGGGAGAGAGCGGCCAUGGACCAGAACGACAUCAACCACGAGAUGGACUCGGAGAAGAAGAGGACUUUUCUGAAGCCUCAGGACUGAACCAGGUCCGGGUUUAGGUUCUUCUCAGGGAGAUGGGGUGACGGAAUUCCCGUCUUCAGUUAAAACGGUCGUUUCUGUGCACCUGAUAAGCCACUUCCUGGUUCAUAAGAUCUCUCCUGUUUGUCAUGCUAGUGCUACCUCCUGGGUCAGUCUGGAGGUUCUGAGCAUGCUCAAUGGUAUCAGUUGAUUUACAUUUUGGAAUGAACUGAGCUUCAGUUCAGCACUGGGUUCUGUUGCUCUCCUCAGGGAGGAGCUCAUUGUCAGCAGCAUGUUAUAAUGCUGCAGCGCCUCCUGCUGGCUGAGCUGUCUUUUUUUUUUUAAAUAAAGCUUUUAAACCAG